UAUAUCGAUAAUUAAUACAAGGCAGGCUCGAGUCAUUAAUUUUUUUCGUCUGUCCAAAUAAAUUUAUGUUUCUUAAAAUUAAAUAAACAAAGUAAGGUUAAAACAGUGCCACUCCAGAUUUUACAACACUCCCCCGGAGCAACGGCACAAAGAAGAGGGAGAGAAGCAGCAGAGCAGCCCACAGCCACCGACAGCGAGCUGGUAAACUGUUAAAGCGCGCUGCCCCGUUUUGUUUUUGGAUGCUCGUCAAGUAUUAUUAUGGAACAAGGAUGUCCUCCAGUUGCUAGCAGGAAUUCCUUGGCCAGUGCAGAGAAGGAGGGUACUCCGGCGUCGAUCCCAUCGUCGGUCAGCGGCCAGCACAUUGAACUGAAGAGUCAGGCGGCGGCAGCGACGGCCACGGCAACGGCAACGACGACGACGACUAAGGCGAGGGCGACUACCAGCCAGGAGGCAGGAGCAGCUGUAUCAGCAUUUUUAUCUAUGUCAACUCUGAGGGAGGAUGUGGAGGACGUGUGCGUGUCGUCGAAUUCUCAGCAUGGCUUCGCCGUAGUGCUGGAUGAUGAGUCAAGUACCUCCGGGGUGCUGGAGACCUUUGAGAUUAGCUCUUCCAACUCACUGCCCACCAGCACGAGGCCGGCAUCCACAGUUGGCGUGGUAGUGGCCGUGGAUGAUAGCUCCUCCACGGACACCAUUAACGACGACGACCAUCCCUCCUCCGAGCACAGUCGUGGGGGCUUCUUCAAUGAUAGUGAGAUGCCGCCCAUUGUCUGCCUUAUAAACGACGACGAUGAUGAUGACGAGGAUGAGGAGGAGGAUGUGGAGGCAGAUGUGGAGGAUGAGGACGAGGACGAUGAAGAGGAGCUGAUCGAGGACGAUUAUGAGGACGUAGAAGACAUUGCGGCUGGCAUCGACUGCCCCAACACAUCACAAAUGGCCCUGCCCGAUGGCACCAUCAUGACGGCCGAUGGCUCCAAGAUCUUCCUCGAGACUCCCGUCGUGGAGGAGGCUCUGCCGCAUCCCCAUCCCGGCCACAAUGGCCAAGUGCUUGAUGGGACCGAUGUCCCUUCCGAGUUCGGCGAUCAGGUGGUCGGCAAACCGAAGCGCUUGAGCGACGAAUUUUUGCUUGGCGAGGAUCAGCUGGAGGACCAGCACCAGGCGGCAGCACAUCCACAUCCAAGAGGAACCAAGUCUGAGCCAGGCAACUCCGACGAUAGCCGGCCGGAGGCAGACGAUGCCGCCACAUCCACAUCACUCCACGAUAGGCUUAUGUCCGUGCGGCUGAAGCAGAUGAGUCUCACAGCCAAUGCCUCGUCGAAUCCCUCGCCAGCCGCAUCUGCCACAUCUGCUGCAUCAGCGGCAUCAGGUGGGGCGCAGGAAGAGGCCUCCACAUCUACAUCCAGCUGCAGCUCCAACUGCAACACCCAGCCCCUGUCCAAGGCAGACAUUCAGUCGAUGGAUCUGAUAGAGCGGCGCGAGUUUGAGACAGAGCAGCGUCUCACUGGCGGCAUCAUUCUGCGCACCAGCUCCCUGUUGAGUCGGAACAAAUUGAAUCUAAGUCUGAUCAAGUCCGUGGCUGGAGGCGGAACAGGAGCAGGAGCAGGUGUCGGCGGAAGCGGUGGAGUCACCAGCAGCAACAGCAGCAGCGAUGAUUGGCCCAGCGGCAGCAACGGACGCACUGUAUCCUCAGAUAGCAAGUGCACAUACAAGGAUCUAUCGACGACUCCAACGAGCAGCCGCAAGUAUACCAACAGCCGGCUGAGCAAGUCCACUGCCAAACUGAAUCUGGGAUCCACAAUGGGCACAUCUAUAUCAGCGGGGACGGCGGGAACGACGGGAACAGCGGCGGUAGCGUCCAUCAGUAGCAGCAACAGCAGCAAUAGCAGCUGCAGCCAGAAUAGCAAAUCCACCAUGGCGCUGUCGCAGUCAUCAGAAGCGGCGGGCACCAGCUGUACGGGAGCUGUUCGAACAGAUGUGUUCACCAAUACCAAUUCGAAUGAUGCCCCAACCAUAGCCACAUCUACAUCUACAUCCACUUUGACCUGUCAAGAGCAGGAGGAGAAACCUAGUGCAUCAUCAUCAUCAUCAUCCCAGUCCAUCUCCUUCAGCUCUGUGGGCUCCCAGACCUCUCAGGAUGGCGGCCGCACAUACGCUUUACACUCCACAACAUCAUCUACACCGGCCUGUUCCGGGUCGGCCGAUGCCGAUGAUGCCCCACAGGCCUCGACGUCCACGUCAGCAUCAGGAUCCUCCUCUUCGACAUCGAGCGGCACAAUGCGGUGCGAGUACGUGGCGCCAUCAAAGGCGGCGCGCCAAGUGAACGCCAGUGCCCAGACACAGGAACGCCUAUUCGCGCGCCUUCCAGGCUGCGGUGGCGUUGCCGGUGUAUCAAAGGCAACGGGCGGCGCUGCAGCUCAUGCAUUGGUCACUCGACAAAGACGCAAUGGCUCCAACGAUGUCAUUGUCCUGGAGGUUGUGGUCGAAGAGGGCGCCGCAGCCGGGGCAGGAGCCAACAACAGCAAUAACAAUAACAACAACGUGGUGGAUGGGGGUCUGAUCGAGCCAGGAGAUGGCGACGAGUCGUGGUUUAACUGCGAUGAGGAGAACAACUCGGACUUGGAGGAGAUUUGCACGUGCCAGAACGGUAAUAGUGGCUAUAGCAGCGGAAGCAACGGCAGCCUCAGUGAGCCCUAUGACAUGGAGCCAGUAGAGUACGACGAGCCCAUCUCCUUGUCCACAUCCUCCUCGGCCAUUUGCGAUGGCGGCUCCUCCGCAUUGGCCAAUACCGGGUCAUUGAUUUCUCAGCAGCGGAAGCGCAAAUACAACGAAACGCGCAUUCUCGAGGGCUGCGAUUACGCCAUGACCAUCUCGGCCAGCGGUGGGAUGGUCGGAGAUAAUUGCCGCAAGCGGAUUGCCUACGAUUUUGCUUCCACACCGCGCUCGUCGUCCCAGCACAUGGGGCCAACAGCGGUGCUGUCCAUUACGCCAUCGCUGGUGGUGUCCAAUGCGUGCGCCACGACACCGAUGGGGCGUCGUACACCGCGCGGGGUGUCUGCCCGUGACAAUCCGCCGCCCGAGCUGCACCAUUGGCUGCAGCAAUUCCAGCGCUGGUCCCAUGUGGAGCGGCUACUGGCCGUCGAUCGUCUGAUCGACCAUUGCGAUCCCUCGCAGGUGCGUCACAUGAUGAAGGUGAUCGAGCCACAGUUCCAGCGGGACUUCAUCUCGCUUCUGCCCCGGGAGAUAGCCCUGCUGGUGCUCUCCUACCUGGAGCCUAAGGAUCUGCUGCGGGCUGCCCAGACAUGUCGCAGCUGGCGCUUCCUCUGCGACGACAAUCUUUUGUGGAAGGAGAAGUGCCGUAAGGGCCAGAUACAGACGGAAUCGCGCAGCGAUCGACCGAAACGGGGACGAGAUGGCAACAUGCCGCCCAUUUCAUCGCCGUGGAAGGCCGCCUAUAUGCGGCAGCACAUCAUCGAGAUGAACUGGCGCUCGCGGCCCGUGCGCAAGCCCAAGGUGCUCAAGGGCCACGACGAUCAUGUGAUCACGUGCCUGCAGUUCUCUGGCAAUCGCAUUGUGUCCGGCUCCGACGACAACACCCUCAAGGUGUGGUCUGCAGUCAAUGGAAAGUGCCUACGCACACUGGUGGGCCACACUGGUGGUGUUUGGUCGUCGCAAAUGUCGGGGAAUAUCAUCAUCUCGGGCAGUACGGAUCGCACUCUGAAGGUCUGGGAUAUGGACAGCGGGGCCUGUGUCCACACACUCCAGGGGCACACGUCCACAGUGCGAUGCAUGCAUCUGCAUGGCAAUAAGGUGGUCAGUGGGUCCCGAGAUGCCACUUUGCGGGUCUGGGACAUUGAAUUGGGCUCCUGUCUGCAUGUCCUGGUUGGCCACCUGGCUGCCGUGCGUUGUGUACAAUACGAUGGAAAGCUUAUUGUGUCCGGAGCGUACGAUUACAUGGUCAAGAUCUGGCAUCCAGAGCGACAGGAGUGUCUCCACACGCUGCAGGGACAUACCAAUCGUGUCUACUCACUGCAGUUCGAUGGUGUCCAUGUGGUGUCGGGCUCGUUGGACACGUCCAUUCGUGUGUGGGAUGCGGAGACGGGCAAUUGCAAGCACACUCUGAUGGGCCAUCAGAGCCUCACGUCUGGCAUGGAGCUCCGACAGAAUAUACUCGUGUCUGGCAAUGCCGAUUCCACCGUCAAAGUGUGGGACAUCACAACUGGACAAUGUCUGCAAACGCUGUCGGGUCCCAACAAGCAUCAGUCUGCGGUCACCUGUCUGCAGUUUAAUUCGCGAUUUGUGGUCACGAGUUCGGACGAUGGCACUGUCAAGUUGUGGGAUGUGAAGACGGGUGAUUUUAUACGCAAUCUUGUGGCCUUGGAUUCGGGUGGCUCCGGCGGUGUUGUGUGGCGCAUUAGGGCAAAUGAUACGAAACUGAUUUGUGCGGUUGGCUCACGCAAUGGGACGGAGGAAACGAAGCUUAUGGUCCUUGACUUUGAUGUGGAGGGCGCUUGUGUCAAGUGUUCAUAGGAGCCACUCAAUCGGCUGCAGAUGCAGCGACCACGUCUGGUGAUCCGUCUUGGUACCGGGAGCAGCUUCAAUCGAGAUUUCACUCAUGCAACAAACAACAAUACAUUUAAAGCCACAAUCCAUUCACAACAACAACAUCCACAGCAACAGCAACAAUCAUUCAAACAUCAAAGAUACACAUGCAGCGGAUGGGUGAAUCCAUAACGUAACGUAAAUGUUAUCGCUUGCCUUGCCAACUAAAAUGCAGCUGCUAACACACACAUACACACACACCGCACACACACAAAACACACACAUACACGAACAGAUUGGGUGAGUGGGAGAGCGAGGGGGGGUGUGGCUGUGGCUGUGCUGAUAAGAGCGGAGAGAGAGUGUGUCUUGUUAAUAAUUUUUUUUCUUUUAAUUAACGUUUGCUUUAUAGCUAAAAUUCGUUUUCCACCGUAGAAUAAUUUUUUUUUCUCCUUAGUUUUAGUUACGAUUAUAUACAUACAUAAUAUACAUACAUACAUAUAUACCAUACAUAUAUAUAUAUAUAUAAGAUCGAUAAACAGCAUACGGAGUAGGUCGCGUCUGUCUGAAACGGCUUGAAAAUAAUAUUAUAAUAUUACGUAUUACAAAAUCAUCUUAAGUAUACAGUUACAGUUACAGCUGAAGAAGAGAAAUAUCUUUGAGUUGAGCCCCGAAAGUGAAAGGCAGAAGAACGUUUCGUUAAUGAAAAACACACACACAGCUUUAUAUUGAUUAAAUUGGUAUUUGUUUAAUUUGAAUUUAAAGAUGGAUUCAUGAUUACGAUAAUAAUGAAUGAUGAAUGAUGUAUAUGUUAAUAUUUGCUAAUUUACGCACUUGGUUUGCACUUGAUUUGAGUUUUGGUGCCGUUGAUAAUGUUACAAAUUUAGUUGUCGUUUCGUUUCCGUUUUUUGUUUUGACUGUACCCCAUAUAGAAUUGUACUUUAUGUAUCCA